AUGGAGAGAUUUGAUUCGCAGAUAGAGUCUGCUUUUUCAGCUGAUAGAGAUGUCUUUGUUGAUGUUCCAGCUGAAGUUAUUCAUAGCCUUCGAGAUCACCGACGGCCCAAUCCCCACAAAGCCGCUUUAGAGAACGUCCCCUGCCAGACUCAAUUUCAACCGCAUCCACCUAUUGUUCCAUAUAAUCCUCAAUUAGUUCUACAUAAUCCUUCUUCAAUGGCACCUGCUCCAAUGGCGCCUGUUCCAGAACCAGCUCAGGCCAAUCCUCCAGGCCCUCACCCAUCUUUCAUUCAAGUCGCCAAACCGUACAUGUUCCAGCAACAGGUCAAUUCGAAACUUAUGACCAUUGGCACAAAUCCUACGCGCGAAGAUCAGUUCAGAUUGCAGGGAGUGACGUGGAUCAAUGAUGUUAGAAUUGCUUUACAGCUACCCGUCCGGACCUUUUGCACUGCUGCCACCUACUUUCAUCGAUUUCGACUUGUUCAUAAAGAUACCGAAUAUCAAUACCAAGAUGCAGCCGCUGCUGCACUUUUAACGGCUUGCAAGAUUGAAGAUACCCUUAAAAAAUCCAAGGAGAUUAUUUGCGCCGCACACAAUUUGAAGCAUUCAGCUGCGGAGCAUUUGAGCUCUGAUGAUAAUAUAUUUGAGGGCCCUUCUAAAGCCGUUAUUGGCCUUGAACGUCUCAUGCUCGAAGCGUCUAGCUUCGACUUCCGCGUUCGUUAUCCUCAAAAACAUCUAAUCAAACUUGUCAAGAAGGGUGGAAUUCAACGAGAUGUUGCACAGGUCGCCUAUCAGGUCAUGCUGGAUCUCUAUCGAACAUUUGCACCUCUCAAGCAAACUUGUUCUACCAUGUCCUUUGCUUGUGUAGAACUUGCGACACUAAUCUAUGAGAAACAAAAGGGCUGGAGAGGCCCAAGCUAUAAGAAGUGGUGGACUAGUCGAUCGGAAAUCAUGGAGACCAUGCUGGAUCUAUUAGACCUUUAUACACACUACCAGAAGCAGUCUAUCGUCGGACCUCUACACAACAUUGAGAAGUUUAUCAGUAUCCGGAUCAAGAUCAAUCAAGAACUAGAGGAAAAGAAGUUACCACGCAACACCGAAUUCUACGAACUGCCACGAAACAAUGGCAUGCGACAUGCUCCCAAUACCCCUGUUACUCCUGCCAGCCCAACGGACUUGCGAUUCAACGGUCAUGUCGCAUCACCAGCAAACAUGAGCCCCAAAUCGGUAAGCUCUGGCGGAAACAAACCCACAGGCAUUCGUGGUCAAAAUGGAACGGUGCGCUUUAUGUUGGAUGCGAAUACAGCCAAGGACGAGAUGGAAAUGGCCAAUGAAUAUUUCCGCGAUGAAUUUGAGGAUUAUGAGGUUGAAAUUGAAGAGACGGUACAUGUUGAGCCAAUACCGACCCAUCAAGGUCUGAGAGAGCCACAUCAUGCACGACAUCAUGGACACGGACACGGCCAUGGUCGAGAUUAUCGACAAUUCAACCACAAUCACAAACGAAUGCGAAGAUAA